AUGCCGUCCAUAAGCAAAACCGUUUACCCUCUGCCCCUACAAGUAAAGGAAUACCUACCACAUUUCCGAAAACAAUAUCGAGCUCUCCUGAGAGAGGCGACCUAUCUUCCUGAUUCUGCCGCAAGAACUUUCGUCCAUGAUCUUCUCGUCAAACGAUUCAAUCCUCCCGAUCCUCGAAAACUCAACCCAAAAUAUUGGGGAACCGAUUAUUUACGAUCAAAGGUUGAUUUGAAGAAACUGCAGACAAGAUCCAAAAAAAAUGCCACCAAAUUACACUUACUAGAGCGUGUAAAUCUUGAAGGGAGUAUACCUGAUUUACAACAUGUCUUAUUGAGAACAUAUGGACGUGCAGGGCAUAGAAGGAGGGAAUUAAUUACUCAGUUGUUGAGACCUGGAGAAGAUGAAUUACCACAAGAUGAUACAGCACUGUCACGAAUUAUCGAUAGCCAGAUUUCAAAGAAUUUGGAUGCGACCAAAGAUGUUGAGAUAGACAGAGCAAACGCUGUAUCCAAAAGACAGCGUCGAGAGCACAAAGAAAUGCAUUUGUUUCUCAUGAGUCAACAAGCAAAUAAUCCUAUGGAAUCGAUGAGAGGGAGGAUAAAAAAGCUUACGCCAGAUAUACCGUUAACGAAUGCAUGGGGACGUAGCUUCCCAGAAAAACGGAAAGUAAAUAUGCAACGCACAUGGUGGGCAAGUCUUUUAGAACGAGUUCUACCACCAUUACCCGAACACGAAUGGAAUAGGUUGAGAGAUUUGGCAGAAGGAACACAACCAGUCGAGUGUCCACGUCCAAGACGAAAAGCUGCUGUUCCCCAAAGUCAAAAUGAAGAUGCCAAGUCCGCUGGAGAAAAGAUGGAUUCACUAUAUAACAAACCGGCCAGACUUAAUAUGGAUGUUUGGGCCGAGACAACGACGAAAACUGACCUAAAUGAUCCUCAAGCUUCUAAUACGCCACAACAUAAUAGGACACGAGCGAUGCGAAGGCUAUAUGGUAUGAUUUGGAGUCUUUCAUCAAAAAUGGUGCAAGAUGAGAACACUAAAGAACACACAAUAACUUGGGGAGGACAACGUUCACCAUCCGCUGCGGGAGAGAUUACAAAGCCAUCAUUGAAAGAUGCUGAGUUGUUCGAAUUGCCAGACGAUAGGUUAGCUCAGGGAACCACAGAUAGAAAGAUUAGGAAGUCAGUGAAGCGUGAAACGCAACAACUGAUACGUUAG